CUGCAUUAAAGAAGGAGACAACAGUGCAGAACUACUCCAGCCUUGCAAAAGCCGCAUUGACCAAGAUUGUCCUUUUCAAUAGAAGACGUGUUGGGGAGGUCUCAAAGAUGAAACUGAGACACUUUCUGGAAAGAAACAAAGAAACAAACACCCUUGAUGAAUUGGGGCUGUCAGAGUGUGAAAAGAAACUCUGCAACUAUUUUGAGCGUGUUGAACUAAAAGGAAAAAGGGAUAGAAAGGUAGCAGUGCUGCUGACACCUAAGAUGGUAAAUGGACUCAACAUUAUGAUUGAGAAGAGGAAAGAAUGUGGUGUCCCAGACCAAAAUGAAUACUUGUUUGCUGUACCAAAUUGUCUGACUUACUACAGAGGACAUCAGUGUCUCAGACAGCUCGCAGAUGAGUGUGGUGCCAAGAGGCCAGAGUAUCUACGAUCAACUCAACUGCGCAAAGACAUAGCGACCACAUCACAAAUCCUGAACUUGAAGAGCAAUGAACUAGAUCAGCUUGCUGAUUUUAUGGGGCACGAUAUAUCAGUACAUAGACAGUUCUACCGUCUGUCAGAGCCUACCAUACAGAGUGCCAAAAUUUCCAAGUUGCUCCUUGCACUGGAAAAGGGAAAGAUGCAUGAGCUUAAAGGAAAAUCUCUUGACGAAAUUGAAGAUGUCACAGAUGAUGAUGAUGAGAGUGAGGAGGAACAAACAUUCACAACAAACAUUCACAACAAAGCAGAGGUAGAUUGUCCUCGUGAACUGAACGACAUGGACACUCCUGAUGCAGAUGGACUCCCUCCUGUACAUAAUGUACGCAAAGACAAGACACGAAGACCAUGGACCAAAGCAGAAGAAAAAGCUGUGCUGAGACAUUUCAAGUCUCACAUAAUUAAAGGUCAUUUAGCAUCAAAGAAGGAGUGUGUGGUUUGCAAAGAAUGUGAACAGCCAGCACUGAAAAAUAGAACAUGCCAAAACAUUAGAGACUUUGUGAGAAACAAGGGGCUGACUUUUAAGCGCCAAAACCGCCACCCACACUAAAAAACAAUAUGUGUGCAGCCAGCGUUGUGACGAUAAACAAAAAAUAAUUUUCAAAUAAUAAUCGUUAUAUUAUACAUUAUAUAUUAUUAAGUGUAAUUUUUUAAAAUGUUUUUCUGGGAAGUUGCCGGUAACAUCUGGCGGGGGGACAGCCAAUGUAAAUCAGCCUCUGGCUGCAA